GGAAGAAAAAAAAACAGCAAACCAAAUGCUUACGUGUUAAGGAGUGAUUGGUGAACGAACUUUUCUUCUCGAUUCUUUGCUCUCUUCUCUCCUCUUCUUCCAUUUUUGAUUCGUUUCGUCUCCGAUCAGAAAAGCUCCGUCUUUUAUUUUUUCUGAAGUCAAAAGGGCUCUCUCGUCACUGUUCCAAGUCCUUCUCUGUGGUUUUACUUUCUUCUCUCAUGAACACCGUAAGCGUGGAUUGCUAGAUGAUUCUAAAAAAAGUUUCAUUAGCUGUUAAUGCAGAGCUGUAAAGUGUAGACCUUUCGAUAUUAAUCUCUCUGAAUCGAGCAAAGUUUGUAGCUUUCAGUGUUGGAUCUGUGAGCAUUCUUUCGUUUAUCGGUUCAAUGUCGGUUCCACCUCGAUUCCGGUCUACCGAUUCCGGCGAGAGAGACUUCAGAUCGGUUCUUGGUCCGACCGGGAACAAGCUGCAGAGGAAACCACCGGGGAUGAAGCUGGAGAAUAAGAAGAUGACCACCACCAUCGAGUCAAAAGAUGAGAAAACGAAGAAGAAGCCAGAUCCUCCGGCUUCACCAACGACGACUCUCAAGCAAUGCUCGUCUCUUUGCUCUUCUCUUCUGAGAAAGAACAGUGCCUCCAUGACCGCUUCGUAUUCCUCUGACGCCUCCUCGUCUUGCGAGUCGUCUUCUUCUAGCCGUAAGAAGGUUGUGAGGCGAAGCGGGUCUGUCUCCUCCGCCGUUGGUGCGUGUGCGGUGGGGAGAAGGAAGCUGGUUGAUGAGAAAGAUGAUAAAGUUGCUGGUGGUGGUGGUAGUAACGGUGAUUGCUUCGCUGAUGGUCGGAGAAGAUGUGCCUGGAUCACGCCCAAAUCUGACCCGAGUUAUGUUGCUUUCCACGACGAAGAAUGGGGAGUUCCUGUUCAUGACGACAAGAAGCUUUUCGAGUUAUUAUGUCUCUCUGGUGCUCUAUCUGAACUCUCUUGGACAGACAUUCUCUCCAGAAGGCAAUUACUCAGGGAAGUUUUCAUGGACUUCGAUCCAGUUGCUGUUUCCGAACUGAACGAGAAGAAGGUAAUCUCUGCCAUCUCCUUACUCUCAGAGGUCAAGCUAAGGUCUAUCCUCGAUAACUCACGCCAGAUUAUAGCUGAGUAUGGAUCGUUUAAGAAGUACAUGUGGAACUUUGUGAGCAACAAGCCUACACAGAGCCAGUUCAGGUAUCAACGACAAGUCCCCGUGAAGACAUCGAAAGCUGAGUUUAUAAGCAAGGAUCUUGUACGCAGAGGCUUCCGUAGCGUGAGUCCAACGGUUAUUUACUCCUUCAUGCAAGCAGCUGGUCUUACAAACGACCAUCUCACAGGCUGCUUCAGAUUCCAAGACUGUUGCGUAGAUGCAGAGACAAUAACCAAGGCCAAGAAGACUGUUGCGUAGAUGCAGUUCUGAAAGCUAAUUGUCGGUGUUUGAGUAGUACCCAUGUUAUUUGCUUGAAGAGAUGUGUUUGACACAACGAGAUUUAGCUACCUUAACGUGAUGUGUUCUUGUGUUUAACGUUGUAUAGAUGUUUUUGGUUAUUGGUUUUAUGCAUAGUAGAAUGUUGCGAGGA